AUGUACGAAGGGAUUGACAACCUGAAAUCCCUUUACGACCGUGCCGGGAAGAAUUUCUCCGGCGGUCCUUCUGCAGCACAGGAUGUGCCGCGUCGUACUGCCCAACCAGACCCAGUACGUCGAUCAUCAGUUGGGAGCGGGGCUCCCAAGUAUCCCAGGACGGGGGAUAGCCGCGCCACCGGACGAGAUAACUCGUCCGACGUCCGUUCACGUCGCGGUGGUUCAACCGCUGCUAAACUAGAUAGCGCUGACCACCGCGAGAGUCCUCAAAUGGAGGUGGAGGAGGAGGUAAGACGCUCUCCACACGAUCAUGGGGAUCCGUGUUCCCGAAAGCUUCUUUGA